GGAUACCCUCACCCCUCUAGCCCCAUGCACAGUGCCCUAUGUGAUGGUGCAGUGACGUGUAACAGUGCCUAAAGUGAAAAUACAAGUUGUGUAAUGGAAGUUUUAACGUGUCCUCCUUUUUCUGUUAGUGGAGUCCGUCUGUGAUGAGGGGCUGUUUUAAGGCGAGUUUCAGUUCUUGCAUCGUCUCGCCCGCCUCGUGUGUGCGUUAUGUGCGUUAUUUAAGUGGUGUGUGUACGUGGGGCUUCGCAUAGGGGUGUGUAGCUAUGGGGAAAUGAGUCCAUACGCUUGAGGAAUGUGUGAACGCGACCCUGGCUGUUGGCUGAGGAAUGCGUGUUACACCAAAGCUCAGACCUUUGCAGACUGUGUAGGCCAUGAGCUACCUUAUGGGUGGGAGGAAUGUAUAGAUGGACAAAUCGGCAUCUACUAUGUCGAUCACAUUAACAAACAAAAUCAAAUUGAGGACCCCAGAUUAGCAUGGCGGCAGGUGCAGGAGGCCAUGCUUUCAGAGUACCUGUGCUCAGCCCAGAGCGAUCUCAGCGCCAAGCAGGAUAUCAUGCAAGUGAAGGCACAGCGACUGGCCCUUGCCCAGGAUGAGUACCACCACCUCAACACUACCCUCACUAACCUCUUCAGCUCAAGGUCUUCAUUAAGUUCUGGUGGGAGUGGUGCCAGCCGGUGGGACCCAGACCUGCUCAAGACAGAUGUGGUAAUGGCCAGGAAUCGGGUGGGCCGCCUGAAGCGUGAGUUGCACCAGAUCAAGCAUGAGGUGGCCAACACAGAGGCCGGCAUGCAAACCCUGGCACAAGUUCAAGAGAAGCUGAGUGGCCUGACGACAGGCUACAGUGUGGAAGAGGCACAGGCUAUUGUCUCUCAGCUUAGGAAUAUCGAGGAGUCACUGCGGGCAGGAGAGAAGGAGAAGGCUGAGCUGAUCAAGUCUCUGACAGUGCUGCGCCAUGACAUCAUAUCUGCAGAGGCCACACAUGCCAUUGAGGCAAACAUCGAGAAGUCGUCAGAGAAGCACAGCACUGCAUCACAGACAGAUUUUUGUGGUGAAGGCAUGCCACUUGGUGCCCGCCUGGCUGAACUCACCAGGCUAAAACUGGAGUACGACUCAGCCAAGAGUACUCUGAAAGGUCUCCAGCACGAUUUGGCAGAACUCGAAGAGCGGCUCUCCCCAGAGGAUCUGCAGAGUGAUAGGGACCGUGUGGUACUCAUCCAGGAGAAGGAACAGUUACUGAGAGAGUUCAGAAGUGUUCGCUCCUAUACACACGAUCCACUGCAGGCCUGUGAGCUUGAUGACAAGAUCAGUCAACUAGAGUGUGACCUCGCCAAGGCUCUGGAGGUUAGCAACAAGGCAGUGGCAGAACGGCUAGCACUGCAAGAGCAAAGGCAGGAUCUUCUGUGCCAGCUAAGGGACACUGUGAGAGUGAUGGUGAGCCUUGAGGGACAGCUGCGUUCCCUCUCUGCUUCCACCCUCUCUGUAUCAUCCUCCUCCUCCCUGGGCUCCCUCUCCACAUCUAGUAAAGGCUCCCUGUCCAGCCUCUCCUUCACAGACAUAUAUGGAGGCCAGCAGUACUCUUCAAGUGAACAUGUUGCCCUCAACAUGACUGAACUACAGAAGCGGGUUGAGAGGCUCCUGAAGUCCAAUUCAGAGGCCGACCGCCAAUAUGCUGAAAAGUUGCGGUCUCUGGAGGAAGGUAGUAGCAACAGCAGUUGUGCUGUGCUAUCCCAGUCUAUGCUGUCCCUGUCCCCUCGUAGUUCCCUAUCUUCCUUAUCUCCCCCAACUUCUGCAUGCGAGGCACUGUCAGCCCUUGAUGCCCAGCGGCUCAACCCCAGUGAGGGCAGUGUUGGCCCACUAGCCAAUGUGGACCUGAGCACAGUGCAGGACAGGCUGGCUGAGCUGUGUCUUGCCCCGGGUGCUUCUGAGGCUGCCAACAAGGCUGCUAGUAAACACUUGGAUGCCACUCUAGUCGUGAACAAACAAGUGAAGGAAUUGACAGAAUAUGACUUCAGCGUCACAAAUGGCGGAGUGAGUGGUGUGUUGUUGGGUCUGGCUGGGAGGGAUGGGGAAGUGCUGUAUGAGGAGGAGGAAUGCUGUGCGGGGGGUAGUGAAGAUGGAAACAUUCGGACCAUUUCUGCAGCCGUCAGUGAUGAAUCUGUGGCUGGUGAUUCUGGUGUCUAUGAUGCAUACCCGAAAGGUUCAGCCCCUACCCCGGACACGCCACAGGUGCAGAUCAAGCUAAGGUAUAAUAAACAGGAGGGUCUUCUGAAUGUUGGUGUGGAGAGAGCGAGGAGCUUGUCAGUGCUCAACACAGAGGAUGGCUGCAAAGUGUGUAUCAAAGUACAGCUGUUCCCUGCUGGCACAGCCACCUUCACUUGCUGCACCCACCUGGAUAACAACACAGAAAGGCCAACAUUUGGGGAGAUGUUUUCCUUCCCUGUAGCACCCCGCAAGCUGCCCUCCAAGACCCUUCAGGUGAACGUGUGGGCUGUCAGCGACACCAAUGAAACCUUCGACGAGGAGUGUGUGGGUUAUGCUCAAAUUAGCCUAGCAGAUUUUGAUCUGGAUGUACCACAGACACGCUGGUAUAACAUCCUGCAUUAUGCUCUGUUGCGACCUGACCAACUUACCCGUGAUGACCAGUCCUCAAAGUCUUCAACCCUUCGGUCAUCUGUCUCCACCUCUAAUGUGAAGGAGGAGAGCAGUGAUGAAUCAACAAUCAUAUCAUCUCAAACCUCCACCCUCACACGGAAUCUUGGACCAGAGGCACUGCGACUCAAUCUCCCACUUACCACAGAAGACUUUGAGCAUGUCAUUGACUCUGAUGAUGAUGAGGAGGAUGAGGAAGAAGAGGAAGAGCUGGAGGCAGGACAGGAAGAAGUUAUGGAAGAAGCUCUGGAAAAUGCAGAGGACACGGCUGUUGAGGGAGACUCUACUGACCAGCUGGUUGAGAUGGCUGACAAGGAGACCAACACAGAGUGCAUGUUCAUGCCCCUCUCAGCCAGUCUGGCUGGGUCACGCAACUCUCUCGCACCACCAAGGGUCGAGGGGACUGACCCGAGGCCAGGCAUCCCUGUUAUCAAAAGGUCCCAAACCUUUACUCCUUCUGCUGCCGUUGGCAAGAGCAACUAUGUAUGUCGGCUAAACCGCAGCGACAGUGACAGCUGUGUGCCUAUGUACCGGCGAGCACCAUUCAAGCGGGGCACAGCAGAGCGAAGGUCACUCAGGUGGAAGGGACGGCUGGGUGGCUCCCUUAGGCUUUCUUCAAGAUCACCUGGGUCUUCAGGAUUGAAGGGUGGCCGUACAUCUCUUGAUCUUGAGUUGGACCUGGCAGCACAACAACGGCGACUUCGACAGCUACAUGAGGAGUUGGAGGGUUUGCGCAGCCUCAAGACCCAAUUAGAGGGCGUCAAGAAUUCCCCAGACCCUCCAUCAUGGCUCACAGACCAAACCACCAUGACCAGUGUCCUCACACAGGCCACAAAGGGAGGUAGUGUCAAGUCCCCUGAAGACAGAAGGAUGGAGAAGAUGCUGAGGAAGACAUCACGUGAGAUUCAUAAGCUGAGGAACUCAAAGACACCUCGAGGCCAGCCAGAUGUAAUCUCAUUCAAGGAGAAGAUGGCUUUUUUCCUGAAGUCCAGCCCCACCAUUCCUCCACUCACAGUGGACUGUGACACUGACAUGGCCACCUCAGAGCCUGUUGACCAUCUCCUCCACCUCUCUACUGCAACAACCACACUGUCAUGUUCUCCUGUCACAUCACACUCUAAAAGUCAGCCUCCCGGAUCCUGCAUAGCAAGAUUGCAGCAACAACAGCAAUCAGGGUCUGAGAAAUCUGACACCAAUGAGUCAACUAAUGCUCAGAGCGACCAAGCACCUUCCUCAUGUAUCCAAACUUUACCUUCUUCACAAGAGUCCAUAACCUCUGUGCCUUCCAUCACUACAGCUUCUUCCAUCCCUGGUGCUCCAAGUUUCACCUCAGAUCCAUCUACUGCGUCAUCAACAUUAGCAACAAUCUCCCCGUCCAAUUCUGUGUCACCUUCAUCAUUGUGCAUCAAUGCAUCAUCCUCGGCCCCUCCACUUGCCUUGUCUGGUUCUGCCUCACCCUUGGUAAGGCAGCUGACAGCCAAGCAGUCAACCACUGGUGCCAUUCCUAAGGUCUUUCGCCCUGGUGUUCUCUUCAGCACGGAAGAUCAGGGUGUGGAGGUCUGAUGUCCUCAUCUCAGAUUAGGGGAUCAUCCACUGGCCUCAUAUAUUUAUGUUUCUGGUUCACAAGUCAUUUAUCCAGUGCCACCUGGCUUACUUUUAUUUAUUACAGGAGACCCUGAGUCAAAGCUGUGAGGAAAGGAAGAAAAAGCUAGGGUCUUUUGAAUUUUACUCUUGAAUCUCAUAAUGUAUUGCUCGACCCUUAGGCAUGAAUUCUAUUUAGGUAGUUCUGCUUAAUUCAGGGUUUUCGUCUUUCUUAUAAAGAGGCUUCCACAUGCCAGUGUUGCUGGUUAGAUGUCUUGUGCCCCUCACUCACUCAAUGCUAAGACUCCCUUGACACACUCAUCAAGGACUUUUGCAGUUUUAUUUUUUGACAAUAUAUACUUACGCCACAAAAGAUCAGUAUAUGGCAUUAAUUGCUCAUAAGGCAAAGAUAUAUACUUAAGGUGUUUUAUUGAAAAUAGUUGUAUUUUACUAAUGCAGCCCUUCUAUUAUUGAAGUGGAGCUAUGAAGCAUCACAAUGGCAUCAAGGGUUUGUGUUUUCAGCAGUGCCUUCCACUAGCCAUACUUCCCUCUGGUCUUCCACUCUGGGAGGUUUUGAUAAUUCUCACAUGAUCAUACUCAUAGAGAGACUGUGCAGAAAUAUACUCCGGUGUGAAAUUUCAAUAGUUCUCGGAAAUUUGUGUGCUAAUGUUGUAUGCCUGCAGUAAGGCAAAACUUCCUCCAUGCUAGCAUACCAAGGCUUAGCUGAGUACCUGUAUCUCCUCCAGCACACAGGAGGGUGUCCUCUCCCUCUUAGUCACAAAGCUCCAAGCAAGCAAAUGAGAUAUAGAUCACUAUACAACUGAGAAAAAGAGAGUGAGGUCAUCCUCUGAAUUUUUUUUAUUUAUUUAUUUAUUUUUAUUUUUUAUUUUAUUUAUUUUUUUAUUUAUUUAUUUUUUUUUUUUUUAGAAACCUUGGGUCCAACCAGGUGUUGAAUCAAUGAUUGUAUAGUUGGUAGCAGUAUUUCCCAGAAUUGUUGAAACAAAGUCUUAUUGAUAUUCUCCAAAGGUGCAGCAAAGCGUUGGUAGCUGUCUGUGUGUCUGAUACUGAGCUGUUGGCAACUGUGAAAACCAGCAAUAUUAGUUGUGUUGGAAUCUGUCUUCUUCUUGACUUUCUGCUUCUUUAUGUAAACUUAUUCGUGGUCAUAUUUUUGUAUGACUUUAACCAAAUUUAUUUUAUAUAUUUGUACAUUAAAUAGGGCCAGAUGUAUGAAGAGUAUUUAUAUAUUAUCUAUAAUUUGUUUAUAUUAUUGUCAGCUAACAGAUUGAUACUACUGCAUAAAUAUUAGACAUGUCUAAAAAAUGACUACUAACUUGUUAUACUUCAAAUGUUCAUGCUGAUAAGUUAAACCAAAAAUUAUGUAGAUAUGUAUAUACAAUCGUUCUAUAUGCUAUUUCCAUGUGCCUUUGGUAGGUACAAAUUUGUUAUUUAUGCUAACUAAAAGAUGCAAAAAAAUGUUAUUUUUGUUAUACCUUUAUUUCAUGUUUUUGCUAUACAUAUUUUAUUGAUUAAUUUUAUCUAAGGUAUUUUAAUUUUUUAGUCUUGAGCAUAUCUGUCUGCAGAUAUGGUUUUUUUGUACAGGUUGAAACAAAACUUCAGAGUUAGUGAUCAAUUAUUUGUGAAUGCACAUGAUGGAAAAGAUGGAAGAACCUAAUGAUAGGUUUUGUGAGGAAGAAACUAAAAAGUGUGACAUGGGCAUGAGUGCUGAAGUAGGUGUGAGGUGGUUAUAGGAGGUGGAGGAGUAUUUUAAAAUCAUGCAUACACGGUGAGAUGGGUAUAGAAAUUAGAUAAACUUGUGAGACAGGUAUGUCAUAGGAUUACUGUACUGUACUUGCAAGCAUUACAAAAGGAGGGAAGAAGUAUGCUUAAGGAUGUAAAGAGAGGUUUAAUAAAAAACAGAUCACAUUACAAA